AUGCCCAAAGCAGAGACGAAAGCUUUUCUUGAUGAUGGACCGAAACAAUAUUUUAUGCUGAUAGACAAAUCAGCCUUAACUGUAAAUGAAAAUGUUGAAAAUAAACCUGCAUUUUGCAGUCUUCGACAUCCACUCACAGAAAAGAAAUGCAUUUUUCUAUUCACCCAUUCCAACACAAAUGUCUUUGAGGUUCACAACUUCAAGGAAGAAUUCCGAUCAUGGAUGAUUAAUGAUUCUGUUGUCCAAGAUGGCUCUUUCCUGAUAACCACGCCUAUGGAUCCCUUAUUCCUUGUGUUGCCUUAUCUCCAAAGUGCUGAGAAAAAGACUGGCAAGUAUAUGACCCUUGAUCACAUUGUAGAAGAUGAAGAAUUUCCAGAAAGCCGGCGCUUGCAUGACAGUCUUAGAGUCAAAGACCUUUCUCAUGUUGCAGAUGUCAAAGAUAGCAAUGAUUUCCAAGCAUAUCGUUAUUCUGAAGAGAAAACUUUACAAUGGCUUCAAUUGAAAUUGAAUAGAGUUGCAGAGGUUUUAUGCAAUAACAACAUCCAAGUAUCUGAAGGAAUUGCCUGUUCUAAAAAUUUUGUAAAAUCCAAGAAAGAAGGUUCUAAUGCCAAUCAAAAGGAAUACCUGAUGUUUGCUCAUGGUUUGCUUAGUGACUACAUCAGUGCAGAUCUCAGUGAAAAACUGAGGGAAAGUGUUGGUUUGGAAAAACCUGAUGACUCAAAAAUUAAAUCCUCUGGAUCUGAACCUCCCAAAAAGAAAAUAAAAAUUGAACCAUCAUCUAGCCCUACAGAAGAUUACAGCCAAAAGCAGAAGCCAGUUGAAUCUACAAAAGUUCGUAAACUAAGUGCUGCCCAAAAGAAACUGGACCAGGUUGACAAAUCAGGGAUGAAAAGCAUAUCCAGUUUCUUUUCACCCAAAUCCAAAUCCUGA